AUGCGCAAUGGCAACACUGCUCACGCUGUCACAAUUUGUCAAAUUGGUUUGAUAAAAAACUAAAAAUGACGAGCUACAGAAUUUACGUGCAGUGAAAAAAAUAAUAUAAAAUUAAUUGUGUGUUUAUCACAAUGACUGUUUGGCGUAAACUCGAAGAUGGAGAAGUGUACGCCGUUGCCAUUUACAACUAUACGGCCAAACCCGGCUCCUUGCAUCUAUCAUUCGACGUCGGAGAACUCUUGCACAUCGAGAGGGAGACUGAUCACUGGUAUUGGGGCAAAAUACUCAAGAAGGACGAAAGCGGAGCCUUUCCUAAGAGCUAUGUGCAGAUAAGGGACUGUGUGGUUGAUAGAUGCGGCGGUACGGUGGUCGCCUCAGCUGGCGGCAAAGGCGUGGUUCACGAUAUAGCUGUGACUCUCCGAGAAUGGUUGCAGCAUUGCAAGGAACUUUACGUCAAUAACGAUGAGCGUCUCAAGUUCAUGGAGGUGAGCAUGCGAGCUCUCCUCCAGCUGCGAGCUCAAGCGGCGUCGGGAGCGUUACCUCAAGACCAGCUGCGCAGAGUUGCUAGGACUGCUGUCUUCACCAUCGAUAAGGGGAACAGAGCUUUAGGCAUGGAGCUAGCAGUGAGAACAGCAAACGGUCAACUCGUUGAUCCGCUAAAAGUUUCCACAUACAAACUGAAUGCACUUCACGACGAUGCUAAUACUCGUAUUGAGAAGAAUAUGGAAACAACACCAGUAACGCCCCCUCCGGCCGCCCCACCAGUAGCCCGAACGUACACGAUCGCAGUUCGGGUACACAACUUCGUGUGUCGUAUGACGGAGCCGGCGGAACUAGCUCUGGCUCUAUACGACGUUUCCGGCGCUAAACUCACUGAACAUCUGCUGCUGAGGUGGCCUACCAACCAUAUGAGUCCGGCUUUAGUUGUCUUCACCGAUUUUGGAGGUGACAUUAUGAAGAGCGAGAAAAUAUAUUUGGUGGCAAAUAUUGUUCGGAUAGGAUCUAUGGAUGCCCAGAAUAUAGAUCAUAGACGCAGUUCCGUGGCCCAAACGCCUCCGAUCUCAUCGUCGGGUCGGAUAAUGCGGCGUCCCUUUGGCGUCGCCUGCGCAGAUAUCAAGAGAUUCGUCACCGUUGAUGCUUCUGAUAAACAUAUACAAGUGCCUUUUUAUGCAUAUGAAAAGGAGAAUCUGGACUCGUUAUUGAAGAAAGUGAUAGCCAACCGUGAUCUCAAAGACGCAAAGCAUUCACAAGGACUGUGGGUGUCGGUCAGACUCGUUGAAGGCGAUUUGAAACAGAUACGCGAAGAAAAUCCCCACCUCGUAGUCGGUAACACAGCAGUAGCCCGUAAGAUGGGUUUCCCCGAAGUGAUAUUGCCGGGCGACGCUCGAAACGACCUGUAUGUCACCGUGUGUGGGGGGUCGUUCUCUAAGGGAGGCGGGAAGUCUUCCGAGAGGAACAUUGAGCUGGUGGCCAGGGUUGUGGAUAAACAUGGACGGACUUUACCUGGUGUAAUAUCAGUUGGUGCUGGAGUGCCAUUAGCAAAUGAAUACACAUCUGUGGUAUAUUAUCACGAUGAUCGACCCAGGUGGCAAGAGGUCUUCAAGGUAUGUCUAAACAUCGAAGAAUUCAAAGAAGCUCACCUAGUAUUCCUGUGCCGCCAUCGUUCGUCGAACGAGGCUAAAGACAGGGCGGAGAGACACUUCGCUCUCUCAUACUUACGACUCAUGCAAAGAGAGGGAACUACCACUCCUGAUACACAGCAUAAUUUGUGUGUUUAUAAGAUCGACAAACGUUCAACCGGCGGCGACAUAGAAGCAGAAGCUUGUGCGAGCUGUCUCCGCUUACCGGCUGAGAGAAGUGAACUGCCGGCCGGCGCCGAACAUGGCCUCGCCCGGGGUGUACUGACUCUCGUACAUAGGGAUAGUCUAACUGUACAUACUAAGCUGUGCUCUACUAAGUUGACGCAGAGAGAGGAGAUCUUAGGCGUGUUGAAAUGGAACGCACAUUACGCGGAAGGUACCCUAAGAAAUGCGCUGUCUCAACUCCUAGUCGUGCCCAGUGAAGAAUUAGUCAAAUUCCUUCAGGAUAUACUUGAUGCUUUAUUCAGUAUACUUACACAGGUACAAGAAGAUCACAAAGACAACGAAUACACAGACAACAGCUACGGAGUUCUAGUACUAGAAUGUUUACUUCGAGUCAUAUCGUUAGUGGCCGAUCAUAAGUACCAACAUUUCCAACCAGUGUUACACGUUUAUAUUGAUGACAGCUUCUGCGAUGCUUUGGCUUACGAGAAAUUAAUAUCAGUGAUGGUUUGGGUGAUAUCUGCCGCGGAUUCAGGCGAUGCGGCGUUAAAGCGUCUGUUGAUGUGUAUGAAGUGCAUAGAGAGCCUAAUUAGACUUAUUGUGAGAAGUCGACAAUUACGAAACGCUUUGGGAGAUAGAGCUUCUGAUCAUGACUUCUAUUGUCUGUUUGAGGAUCUAUUAGAAAAGUUAGUAUGGUUAAUGCGUUGCGGAGAUCACGCUCUAACGUGCCAAGGAUCUGCGCUGAAAUACCUCCCGCAUGCGGUACCGCAUAUCAUCAAAGUGUAUCCAGAUAAUGAACUCAGUGCCUACAUAGUGCGAGCACUAGACGCGUUACCCCUAGGCCGUCUCAGCAAACAACGGAUGUUGGCUUUACUGGAAUUGGUCCGCGGUCCGCUCUGCGCUCAGCCGUCCGCCCGAGCUCUGCUGCUGCCACAUCUAGCGGCCACUACGCGAGCGUUGUUACAUACACAAGCAGAGUGGGAUCGCGAAGCUGCCCACAAGUCGCGUUCGGUCGGCAAGGCGGCGCGACUUCUCGGCGCUGAUACGGCGAGGCUACACGACCACACACAUCACCAGCAGAUCGUGGAGCUUUGCGUGGAAACAUUGGGAGAAGUGACAACACUCCUCGCGCGAGAUGACGUAGGGCCCGUCGAUGCGGACCGCGGCGAGUUGGCCAGAAGACUGUUGCCUACAGUAUUGAAGACUGCUGAAACGAUGCUCAUGAAUCGCAAGAGUGAGGGACACACGAAUAGUGCUGAUGAUGCUUUGUUGAGACGAAUAGUAUCAGUCCUCUUAGAUAUGGUACGACAGAUGUCGGAACACCAAUACCUGAUGGUAGUCAGGGCUCUAGAAGCGGAGAACCUCGGCGGUCCUGGCACGCUGGUCAGUGACUGUCUGUCUUUGUUCCUGGCAGUGUUGAGAAGACCUGUCUUCAGACCUCAUUGGGCUGAUAUGCUGCAUCUACAGCAUUAUGUUAUGCUGCAUGCUUUGAGACUACUAGCGAUCACUCUCCGCGACCGUCUCCACGCGGCCGAAGAAGCGGAUUCCGAAACUCUGAGCGGCGUACAUUCACUUUGUCGCACAUGGUUCGAAGCUGGCGCCGCGCUCGCUACGUCAUCACCCCUCCAACUAGAAACAUUACCAGCGGCGCGGAAGCAAAGACUCAGUGCUUUGUACGGCGAUGUCAGACGAGGGGUCGCUGAGUGCCUUAGCGAAAUGUGGUUCAGUUUGGAUCAUCACAAGCGUUCAUUCAUUCCGUGCAUAGUGGGGCCUUUCUUAGAGGUCUCCUUCCUUAGAGACGAGGAGGUUCGGAAUACAACCAUACCGCUGUUCUUCGAUAUGAUGCAGACGGAGUUCAGCCAUAGUAUGUUAAAUGGUGAAUCCGAGAGCCCCCUAAAAGACUUGGAAAGUGAGAUGAUCGACAAAGUAGAUGUGCUAGUCGAACGGGGAUGUGGUGACACUGUAUGGCGGGCUCGCUUCGUGUCCCUAUGUGGGGCACUAUGUAGCGCCGCCCCCCUCCCGCUACGAACCUGCGCCGCGCAGCUCGUAGCCGCCGCCGCCCGGCAGCUGGACGCGCUGCUACAGUACCGCGCCGCCUCGCUGCGCUCCGCUACGCCGCACCGCAUGCACCUCACCACCUGCGUGCUACACUUCUACCAGCAGAUCGAGCGCCCACACAUGUAUAUACGCUACGUCCACAAGCUAGCUAGAAUGCACUUCGCGGCCCAACAGUGGGCUGAAGCGGGCCUCUCUUUGCGUCUUCACGCGAAACUGUUACAAUGGAGCCAUGACCCACUGCCGCCGCGGUUGAGACAUCCCAAUAUGGAACAUGAUAGUCAUACUACGCAUCGGGAGUUGAAGGAAUACCUCUACCUCGUUAUAGCAGACUAUUUAAACCGCGGCCGCCAAUGGGAGUUAGCUGUCGAGAUAGUCAAGGAAUUGGUCUCAGUUUAUGAAGAAGAAGCACUAGGUUACGGACCUCUAGCGGACUUACAUACGCAGUUAGCGAGUUUGUAUGAGGCUAUGUUACGGACCCCAAGGUCUCAUCCCGGGUAUUAUAGAGUAGUUUAUCACGGGAAAGGAUUCCCGGAGCUGUUGAGGACGCCUUAUGGUUAUAUCUACCGCGGCAACGAAUAUGAACAACUGCAGGAGUUCAAAGACCGUCUGCUAGACGAGUGGCCUGAAGCUGAAGUGUUACCCAAGUUGGACCCGCCUGGACCGGAGAUUACCGAGUCUGAUGGACAGUACCUACAAAUUAACGCAGUCGAACCAGUGAUGGGCGAUAAACUAAAACGUUUAUCCGGCAAGCCGAUAGCCGAACAGAUAUUGCAAUAUUACAAGCAUAAUAAUGUCGAUAAAUUCGAAUUCUCCAGGCCUUUUCAUAGAGCAGAAGAGUCCCUGGAUGGUUCAUCAGACGACCUAUCGAAUCAAAAUGAGUUCGCUACCCGAUGGCUCGAAAGGACUGAACUAGAAAUUAGCGAGAAAUUGCCAGGAAUUCUCCGCUGGUUCCCAGUAGAAUCGCAACGUACUUACGAGGUAUCCCCCAUAUCGGCCGCAGUGGAAGCGCUGAAGGACACCAACAGACGACUCAAGUCGCUCAUCAUUGAGGCGAGAGGACCUGAUGCACCGCUGCAUCCGUUGACUAUGAGGCUUAGUGGUAUCCUAGACCCAGCGGUCCAAGGCGGCAUAGUGAACUACGAGCGAGCAUUCCUAACGCCGGCUUAUGAAGCAAGACAUCCCGACCACGCGACCUUACUCGCUGAACUGAAGGACCUCAUUGCUGACCAGAUACCGCUGUUGAAGUUUGGAUUGGACGUACAUGGUCAGCGAGCACCUCCCGAGCUAGAAGAAUUACAUGCGCAUUUACUGCGCUGCUUCCGACGAGUGCAACAACAUGUGCAUCAACGAUACGGACGGAAGAACUGUGACAUAGAAGUGGACUCACCCGAGGUGCAGCUUCGCAUGCCGUUCCGCGAUAGUUUCCAAAUGGAGAACAACAACACGAACAAUAAUAGGAUAUCUGACAUUUCUACUGGCACUGAGACUUCAUCAAAGGGAAGAUUUUUCAGCUUCAACGCUGCUAUUAAUCCUCUGUCAAGUAGAAACAGCAGUACUGGUGUUGUAAGCCGCUUUGCGACGCUACAAAAUUCGCCAGGAAGACGGAAUAAAAGGAAUUUGAGAAAGAGUGAAGUCGGCACACAAGCGAGCGGCAGCCAAUGGUACACCUCGCACUCAACACCGAACGGUUCCCUCAACAACAGCUCAACAACACUGACCAACAACAACUCAACAACUAGCGUGGCGACUAUCAACUCCGAUACUUCGGCGUCCCCACUGCGGGAACUGCGGCAAGAGGUGAGGCAACUUACUAAGGUUGAGUGUAUUCAUGAGGAGGUCGCAAUAAAAAAGUUUAUUCUUAGGCUGGUGACGGAACGUCCGCUCCGCGCGGAAGUGGAGCGCGAGCGACGCCUGUCGCAACGCACUAGCUUGAUCACCUCCUCCGCACCACCCUCGAAUCGAGACUCUAUGGGAACUACAGACUCAAAUCAAGAAGAGGAAGAGCCCCCACCCCUACCAAAGAAAUACGCCCACCGAAGCAUGGACCUUGAGAGCGAUACAAACAACAACGGGGAAUCGAACCCGCUCCCUCCCAGACACAACUACGACACCGUGUUUCCGCCGCGAGGAUCAUUCUUGUACAACUCUAUAGCGAAUAGAAGAAACACGAAUAAUGAGAAAGCCCCUACACCACCUCCGAAGAAAAGAAACGCACAAUAAGGUAUUCAGUAUUUCAGGUAUUUCUUACAAGUUUAUUCUCUUCACUGUCAACGAUGCAGACACAAUAGUUAAACAUUCGGUGUGUAUAUCACAGACUCAUUGGCCAGUGAAGUUAUUAUAAUUGGUUAUAUAUAUAUAUAAAUAGGGUAAUUUUUGAUGUUUAUUUUUAUGAGGCUUUAUGUCAAAAACUUUCAGUCCUAAGCAAAACGAAUAGUUUAUUUUUAUAGGACUCCUGAAAAUUACAAUAAUAAUCUUUGUUGGAUAAAUACGGUAUAGCGAUAAGGGCGUCAAGAAUGAUUAGUAAGACGCGAACAAAGUAUUUGAAAUGGCUAUUUUAGAAAAAUAAGUAAAUUGAAUCACCUAUUUGAAAUUUAGAAAGAUUGUGUGAUGAUAUUAUUUUUUUUAACCAGUUUAGGCCAGUUAGUCAAGCCAUCGAUUCGAACCGAAAUCAUCGAGUCGAAACCAGACAAAUAAAUGAUAUUCCAAUUUAAUCAUUUAAUUUGAACAGGCUUCAAACUUUUAUUUUGGGACUAACACAAAUUAUACUUGACACUAUCAGUAAGUCAUUUAUAUCUUGAAGACAGGCAAUAAAUAAAAUCAACAUAAUAUUUAACUGAUAAAGAACUUAUAAUAAGCUAUACAAAAUUAGUCUUUAUUCCGUUUACAUAGGGCAUAUUCCGGCUUAUUUAGUUGAAAAUGCUUAGCUAUGUACUGUACUUAUAUACAGUUACCAAUCCUAGACAGGUUUUGCUUAUAGCUGUCAAAAUAUAUAUCUCAAACUACAGCAAGGCAAAGUAUUAUGAAAAUGAUGAAAUUAAGUUAUUUUCCAGAAGAAAGAAAAAUCUAUAAGAACAAAAUAAAUGAUUUAGUAUCAAUUGCAUUUAAAUAAAAGUAAAACCUUUUUUAUGGUUAAAGAAAAAUCAAGGUUUUUUUUUUCUUUUCUUUUUUUGAAUUUGCUAAUUUUAUAUCCAGUGAGUUAAUGAUAAGACAGCUAGAAUUACAAAAUUCCACCGAAAAAUUUGAAAUAUUUAAAUCGUGUUAACUAUUUUUACAGUUGUUUACCUAUUAUACUAAAAUAAUAAGAAAUGAUAUUUUUGUGAUAUUAAAAAUUCACCAGAUGCCAUUGACCCAAAGUUUAAAAUAAAUAUUUUGAAAAAGAUGUUACCGAAAUGCAUUAUUUUAAGGAAAUUACUGUUUGAGAUAAGCUUAAAUAAGCUUUAUUUUAUAGAAAUUAAUGUAUUUUUAAAGGAUUUUUUAAAUCAGAUAUUAUAUUCUGAUAUAUUUAUGUAUCACGAAAAUAAAUUGAUUUAUAAAUAGGCUAUCAGUAUUUUUUUAUUUAUACGUAAUUGUUGCAUAGAUUUAAAAAUGUUUUGGUUAAUUUCACUCAAAAUUGGCGCCAUAUUUUUCAAAGCAAGCGAAUUCUUAGAUUUAAAAGACUGUCGUAUUUCAUAAUUUUUUUAUAGUUCAUUUUAUAAAAAAUGCUUAAUGAUUUUGUUAUUUGUGCCAAAUUGUACAAAAAAAUAUAGAUCAUUCCGAUCAUUCAUUACAUCUACUUAUUGUUUCUGUUAUUAUAAAGAUUUAAUCUAAACAAAAAUGAACACAUUAUUACCAUUUUGCGGCCAUAAGUAGCACCAAAUAUACAAAAUAUGGGUUUUGUAUAACAAUAUUAUUAUUGUAUAAUAUUAGAUACAUAAGUCGAUUUAUUUGACACUAAUGUGUAAGUUAUAAUAAUAGUGAAUAGAUAUUAAUUUUGUAUACAGUCGGUUACUGUCAAAUGAUUUCAGACAAAUUAUGUGGUUGACUGUACACCAUUUUGUUAUUUAUUAUUUGAUAAAUAAACAGAUCAAACUAGUUUAAGUGAAGUGUUUAUUUAUAUAUUUUGUAGCAUUUUGAUGAUUUUAAACUUGUAGUUUUAAUUUUAAGUUACUGUUGAUUUUUCUUUCGUAAAUCGCGGGGCGUGCCGUUUAUAAGGAACAAAUAUAUUUUUAUUCAAUUUUAUAAUAUUACGUAGGUACCUACCAAUAUAAAGACGAAAUUGUACUGGAAAAAGUAGUUCAAAUAAGAAUAAUAAAAAAUGUCUUCCUCUUUUAUAAAAAUGUAUCAACAUUUAUAAUAAAAAUAUUGUUAAAUGUAUCGUUCCGCGGCCAUACCACACCAAAUAUACGAUUGUUGUGUUUUGUAUAAUAUUGUAUUGUAUAUUAUUAGAUACAUAAGUAUAUCGAUAUUAUUGUGUACUCACGGCGCAAUAGAUUAUAAUUAUUACCAGCAAUAAAUAAAUAUUUUACAGAUAA